UGUGUGUGUGUAGUGGUGUGCUAUAUAGUGGUGUAUGGUAGUGGAUAAGCGACCCUGGAGCUCCUCUCUGCAGAUUUACAAACACUACCAAAACCCACCAAGUAACAGCCACGUUUGGACCGGUUGUACCCGCGUUAUAACCUGAUUUGCGGCUGGUAUCUAAAGCGGAGUUUUGGAGGUAAGGCAGUGGGCAUGGACAAUAUGCUGUGCCUGGAUUUGCCAUGAAUGUGGAGGUAUGAAACUACACAGAUGAAAACUGACUGAAAUCUCUACUAGCAUGCUCUUCCAUUUGAAAUUUAUGGAUGAUACAGGAUGAAACGCAUCAGGUCCUCCAGCAGUAGUGACAGUUCUGACAAUGAGAGUCCAUCAACGUCCUUCUGCUCUUCAAACAAAUAUGGCAGUAAACCGGGAACCCCCGCCUCUAGCCAGAAGAAACCUGCUGAAGUGUUCAGAAAAGACUUGAUCAGUGCCAUGAAGUUGCCAGACUCUCACCACAUUAACCCUGAAGACUUUUACCUUUUGGCCGACACAUGGAAGCAGGAGUGGGAGAAGGGCGUACAGGUUCUGGCCAGUCCAGACACAAUCCCACAGCCCUCAGUCAGAGUCGUUGCAGACAAAUCUAAAGAGAUGCUGUACACUCAUAAGAAGAAGUACAUCCAGUGCUCAAACCCAGACCUGACAGAGCCGGGGUACGUGAACAUCCGCGAGCUUGCAGAGUCCAUGUGUCGUUAUGAUCUGGACGAAAUGGACCUGUACUGGCUCCACAACCUCAACAAAGAGCUGGCACACAUGGGGGAGGAGUCAAUAGAUGAGCUGACAAUGGAGCGUACCCUAGAGGCACUGGAGCGGCAAUGUCACGACAACAUGAAGCACGCGAUUGAGACGGUGGAGGGUCUGGGCAUUGAGUAUGACGAAGACGUGAUCUGUGACGUGUGCCGCUCGCCCGACAGCGAAGAGGGCAAUGACAUGGUCUUCUGUGACAAGUGUAACAUCUGUGUUCACCAGGCUUGUUAUGGGAUCGUUAAAGUGCCUGUUGGGAACUGGCUCUGUCGGACCUGUGUCCUGGGCAUCGACCCUCAGUGUCUGCUCUGUCCCAAGAAAGGAGGUGCCAUGAAGGCCACUCGGGCCGGAACCAAGUGGGGCCAUGUGAGCUGUGCACUGUGGAUACCAGAGGUGAGCAUUGCUUGUCCAGAGAGAAUGGAGCCCAUUACAAAGGUGUCCCAUAUUCCCCCGAGUCGCUGGUCUCUGAUCUGCAGCCUGUGCAAAAUAAAGACAGGAGCAUGUAUACAGUGCUCGGUGAAGAACUGCACCAUCCCCUUCCAUGUGACGUGUGCGUUUGAGCACAGCCUUGAGAUGAAAACCAUUUUGGAUGAAGGGGAUGAGGUCAAAUUCAAAUCCUUCUGCCUCAAACACAGCAAGCCUAAGUGUGGGGAGCCAGGUCUGAGCCCAGUCCGGUCCAAACCCAGUGGGGAGGCAGUGAAGGGUGGGCAGCGUGCUCAGAGGCUGCAGGAGUUGGAGGAGGAGUUCUACACACUUAUUCAAGUAGAUGACUUAGCCAAAAGCCUCGACCUGUCUGAACGCAGAGUGGACUUCAUCUAUCAGUACUGGAAACUUAAGAGGAAAAACAACUUCAACAAAUCAUUGCUGCCUCCCGCAGAGGAGGAGGAGAGUCUAAUGCUGCAGCCACAGGAGGACAGUAUCCACACACGCAUGAGGAUGUUCAUGCACCUCAGGCAGGACCUGGAGAGGGUGAGGAACCUGUGCUACAUGGUGAGCCGUCGAGAGAAGCUGAAGCUUCUGCAGAGUAAGGCCCAGGAGCAGAUGUUCAGUCUUCAUGUUAAACUCAUGGACCAGGAGUUCUCAGCAGGUCUUCCGGCAUCAUUCCCUGUGGAGAAUACACUCUUUCACCCUCCUCCUCGGAUAACACUGAAACUCAAAAUGCCCAAAUCGACAAGUCAAAAUGGAAACAUGAGUAAUAAAUCAGCCAACGGUCCAUUGUGCCUGGACAACAGUUUAAAUGUCACCGACCAAGCAUCUGGAGAGGGGCAGGGACAGGGCAAACCUCUGCUCCACCCUCGAAACCAGAAAGAGGAGCGCUCCAAUGGCCGCUUGUCUUCAUCAAACAAAAAAGUGAAACCGUCUGGUAAACCCUUAGCGCUGCAUGCUGCUCUUCAAGGCCACUCAUCCAAUGGAAAACAUAACAAGGACAGUAAAGUGUGCAAGACAAAACUGAAUGGGGUUUUGGAUAAAUAUGUUGCACAAAUGGACAACUCUUGCCAGACAAAAAGCGACGCAGAAGCAAAUAAAGCACUGGAGAAGGCUAGUUUUCGGAAAGUUGCAAUAGAGCAUUUUGGGAAAUCAUUCAAAGAAGCUACAAUCAGUUUAGUCCGGGCAACCGAAGACAUGAACACUGAAAACCUGUCCAAAAAAGGAGCAACUAAAGAAGGACUAUGUGCCAAGGCUGUUUCAGUUAAAGGCACACGAGACAGCGAUGGCUACUGUCCUGACUUGGAGCUUAGUGAUUCCGAGACCGAGGCAAAAGGUAGAUACAAGCAGCAGAGGAUACUGUCACUGGACGGGCCCAAAGUAAACUCUGGGAAAGGCUUAAGCAGAGGCAAGCAGGCUUUUAACUCUAGACAGCCCAGGCAGAGGUGACAACUGCUGGGGUAGUCCUGGGUCUUCCAAAAGGGUCCUAUCAAUUGCAACCUGAGGGCAACUCACUCCAAAAUAUAUGUUAAUCCCUGACUAGAUCCUGGACUUUAAGAUCUGUCCACAAGAUUCUCUAUAAAACAUUGUUCCAUAUAGUCUAAAUAGUCUGCUGCCUUUUCCUCUCAAAAUAAAUGUCUUGAGAGUCAGGACUAUAAUAAGACAUAAAACUCUUUCCAAAAACACCUACACAUAAACUGGCCAGUAAUCUGUUCAAAUUGUACCCUUUCAUGAACGAGUAACUAAAUCUGCCUUACAAGAUACUGCUGUAUAUAAAGUGUUGAAGUCUGAUGUUUCAAAGUAUUUUUACAAGUUGUUCGCCUGAAAUGUUUUGUACACAGUUUUCUACAGAUGUUGAAUGACUUUUUCAUGUUUUGUGUUGGUUUCAAACGCAAAUGCCUUUUAAUGUAUACCAUUGAAGACCAUUGUUGCAUUCAAAGUAUUAAAGGCCAAGCUGAACAUAUUCACACAGACAGCAUUUUGUGGUUGUGCGAACUAAUCAUAUUUAAAGUUUAAAUUCCUUUAAGACCUGAUAUUAUGCAUAAGAAUUUGCAGGCAGCACAAACCACAAUAAUAAAACAAUAAUGAUAUAUCAACUAAAAACUGAGCCAAAACAAUAUUGUGAUAAAACAGUAUUUUGGAUUUUAAGCACAGCAGUUUUUCUUCCCCAACUAAUAAUUUGGCCUCCAUUGUGUAAUCUCUAAUAGGAUAAAAUUUCAUUGAAGCAGUCAGCCUUAAAAAACUGUUCCAUGUUUUUGUACUAUGAAAACCCUGGUUUAGAAAUGGACCAUUACUUGACUGAGCUGAAAUCAAGACUAAAUCAGCUCUGACUCAGUGUUCUUAAUGAGGGCUUCAACCGUAAAAGGCUCUAUGGCAUUUGCCUUUUAAAGCGUUAUACAAAAACACUAGUCCCCUUCCCUUAAACCUGCUGAACCAAUCUCACUACAGGUUUGCUAAAAGCUAAACUGAACUCUUCUUUUGGUGCAUUGAACGCUUCAUUUGGUGCUGGCUACUUGUUCAUCUGUUUUAAGUUAUUUCUGCCAAACAUUUCUCUGUUCUGUUCAUGUUUUUAUUGUUGUGAGCUCGAGCUAUGACUGUAGGAUGACUGAGGUCUGUAUGGUGCUUUACCAGUUUACAAAGUCCAUAAAGCCAUUUCAUGUUAUACUUCUCCUUUUGGACAUUUUAAAAAUAAAAAAGUUCAAAUCA